CACACACCACACAUACACACACAUACAGACAGACAGACAUGAGUGCUCAGAAGGGCCGGUAUUGAUGUGGUCAUGUGGUGGUGGUGGUGGCAGUGAUGGAUUUUUGGUGCAGUGUUGUAAAUUAAUUCCUACGAUUCAGUGUUUUUUUUAUUUUUCUUAGUGAUUAUCAAGGUUUAUAUGAGUUUUCUGGCUUAGUGAGACUUGCGGUGUUUCUUCCAUUGUGGUUCGGGUUUCAAGAGAAGAAAACAAGGGAGGAGUCAGAAGAGACCAACAAAUUUGCAAGCAGUACACAAGACACACCUCCCUCCACUGCCAUAAGAGAGUGAGGAGGAGAAAGAGAGGAAAAAAGAGAAGGAAAAGAUAGGAGGAGGAAGAAAACUAUUCUGAAGCACCAUACAAGGACCACUCCCUCCAUACAUCCUCCCAUACAAGAUACAGCAAGAAGAAACACAGAGCAAGAGAGUGGUGGUGGUGUAAGAAAGGAGAGAGAGAGCAAGAGUAGUCCUGGGAGCAGCCCCAUCCCAGGACACAGCAGCCAUGGGGAACGCCUGUCACGGCAAGGCAAAGGGGACUGAUGACUAUGACCUCCCUCCACCUAACAUCAUUACAACGUUUGGCCUUGAUGGGGACCCGACAGACCACAAGGAGCCCUCAGCUGUGAUACAAUGGGAGAAGCGACAGCAGGAACUCAACCAGGAAGUGAUGGAGAAGAUGAGGGAGGAGUUUCACAAUCGUCCCGACAACUUUAUCCUCAACCUCCUCAUUAGUUCUGUUCAGUUCUACUCCAAUUACAACAGAGAGAAAGCAGAGAUCAGAAACCACAUCAGAGAUAGAGAGAUAGCAUUUGACCGCAAGUUGGAGGCAUCAAAGAGGAAGGUGUUGUACAUGGGAGGGCACGAGGAGAUCUCCGGCACCCACGUGUUGUACCAGCCUAGGGAACACCCGUACAUGGAGGUGCCAACCCCAUUGCAGUUCUUCCUGGUGCACGACAACAUUGAUCUCUACCCAGAGACACAGUAUGAGGAGCUGCAGGAGCGACAGUAUACAGACCUGGAUGGCCCAGGCUACAGGUUCUGCACAGAGUACUCCAACAGACACCCAGGGUACGUGCGGCUGCGGUGUGUGGACAUCAUUCCCGGUGUGACACGCAGCAACACCUACGAGGACAUCUAUGGUUUCCUCAAGCCUGUGGACGAGUCAGAGCGGGAUCCAGUGGUGGAUCCCCGUCCACUACGCCGUGCCUCCCUCACCUCCCAGACUCCCAAUGGCCAGCUGCCCAACGGUGCGCUGCCCAACGGACGCCACUCCCUCUACUCAGACUUUGAGGAGAGUGAUGAUGAGGAGGCGCACCGCAGGUCUCCCCCGACAAGCCCAGAGAGUCCAGUGAGCAACCCCCUGCCGGCACAACUCAAGGCAAGGAGGCCGAGUGGGGUGCUGCCACAUAGCUACCCAGAAAGUGGUCAGCUCAGCCAGCUCAUCACCGCCAUGAGAGCCGUGGCAAAUGGCGAGAACAAGAGCCUGCCCAAUGGUGAUGUGGGUCAUGCAGCGCCUCGCCGACGCAGCCUCUCGGAGCGCAGGCCGAGUGGAGUAUUCCCUCGGGUGGGGCCAGAGAUGAGGCGCCUCAGACUCACCUCAGCACAGACUGACACCACCGACUCCAGGGCACUCUUGGCUCGGAGACUCACAUUAGUUGAGGAGGAGGAGGAAGAUGAGGAGGAAUACGAAAUCAGGGAGAAUGGAGAUACCUCAAGUUCAAGUAGUGAUACAGGACCAGCUGGCCUAGAACCUGGUGAGGUCCUGGAGGAGGUGGAGGAGGAGGAGGUAGUGAUGAGGAGCACAGGGCAUCCGGUGAAGCAGGAGACAAUCCUACAUGCACGCCUCAACGAAGGAUGCUUCAUCAAUCGCAACAUUAAGAUAAAGGACCCCUCUGACGCCUACGGGAUUUCCACCAAGACGGAGCGCAGGACGUACUUCUCCUCUGAGCGCCACAUGGAGUGCUUCGAGGAUGACUUUGAGGACGUAGCCAAGGUGUUGGGCAAGGAACACCUCCUCGACACCUCCCAGCGGCAAGGACCAGCAGUGUUGGCCAGUGAACUUAUGAUUGAAGAAAUUGGCCCUAAGUUUCAUGUGGAGUUCAUCCCGACUCUACUGCUGAAGGAGUGGCCGCAGUGUGCCUUCGAGUGGCGCAUGAGGGAACGGAGAGGCAAACUGGACCCUGAGGCAAAGGUUAUGUACAGGUGGCCAAAGGAAAUCAAUGUACAGGAGGCAUUACAAGCGGGGUGCAACCUGGUACCCAUCGGUCACUACAACCCCAAGGAGCCGAACAGAGUCAUGAAGAUUGAGUGGCAGAUACAGUUCAUCAAGGCAGAGCAGAUCCUCCUUCGCAGCCUGGGCCAUGUGCAGAUGCGUCUUCUCCUGUGGGUGGAGUACCUAUUAAGAGACCACCUGGAGGAUGUCCCUUGCCUGCAGAACCAACACCUGCGCUACAUUCUCUUCUGGAUGUGCGAGAAGAACUUCCGUGAUUGGCAGGAGCCUCGACUGGGCAUCAAAUUGAAGGCUUACCUCAAGACGCUUUACAACAGCCUGUCAAUGGAAUCUCUGCCACACUACUUUGUCAUGUCCUCCAAUAUGAUGAAGAGCAUUCCCGAGAAGUACAUUCGGCAAGCUCAGGCAACAGUCAAGAAGAUCAAGGAGAACCUGCCGAUCUAUGUAAUGCACACUAUGAACAGAAUGCGCUAUGCCUCAGACUUCUACCCUCGCCUCAAUGUCCGCAAGGUCUUCAAACUGGUCACCAUGGAGAGCUUUGGCCUGGAGCACAUCAACCCUACACUCCUUCAGCUAGCUGCAGAGGAAAACAAUAAGGAGGAAGAGAAUGACAAGGCCCUGCGCAGUGACUCAGAGGAUGAUGAUGGUGAUGCUGAGGAGAAGAGGAAGCUUCACGAGAUGCGGCGGAAGCGGAAGGAGCAAGUGGAGGCACAAAUAGCAAAGAGGAACAGCAUCAACAACACAAAGAAGCGGCCCUCCACCAUCCGUCUAGACUCCAAGGUGAAGCGCGUCAAGGACCUCAGAGCCGGACCAGUCCUUAGACUCUUUGCCAAACAUUUCCUGGCCAUGGCUCGGGCCUCAAACCGCAACCGAGCCUACCCCCAGGCCUAUAUGUACCUGCUCCUCACUGGCAACAUGGCCACACUGCUCGACGAGACUGGGAACAACGAGGAUGCCGUCUCGCUGCGCCGACAGGUGGAGCAACUUAAUGUGGCGUCACGAGGUGGAGUGAGGGACAUGUUAUCGUCAUCAUGGAGUGUCAACGAACAACACGACUUGGUGCCCAGUACCGCUCCACCCCGUGGCUCAAACUGGGAGCUCAACACACCACCACCUCAGCCCCCACCAGAACGAAACUCAGUGUUUGGCAUGGACCGCCUACACACCGCCCCAGCCUUACAGAACAUUGACCCCCAGAAGCACAGUAUUGCCACCAGGACACUCAGCAAUACAGACAGUGACAUGGACAUUAUAGAGCUCCCCAGUGACUCUCCAGCCUCCACUCUCCCUAACUCCCCACUCACUCCACCUGCUGAUCCUGCCCCAUUACCUGUGGAGCUCCCAACACCCCCUACAUCCCCACGAACUGACUCCCCAGAACUCAUGACACUGGAACACCCCAGCCACACAGGGAGUGAUGUGCCUGACACCCUCAUCUCCCCAACCUCCCCAAGCCCUGAACCAAACUUCCUCAGCUUGCGAGAGGAGGACACCGACGAAGAUGAUGAAUCCACUGACCUAUAGCCCCGGUGGAAAGUAAAUAGAUAAGUUAGAGGUGCUGUAGUAAGAGAUUGGAUUGACUGACUUGAAACUGGACUGACUGAUUUACAAGUGGCUGACUGAAAUUAAUUGGUUGUGUGGCUGUGGGAUGGAGUGAUUGACUGGUUGAGUGAGAUAUUAACAACUGACUAAUGAAGUAGCUGAGCAAGAACUGAACAGAUUGGUUUGACUGAUAAAAAGACUGACUGAAUGGCUUAGUGAUGGAUUAACAAACUUAAUGGCUGACUGAAAGACUAACAAAAUAGAACAAAAAAUAGAUCAACAUGGAUUAAUAAAAAAAAAUACUGGAGAUAGACUGACUGACUAUAAUUGAUGGACUGACUGAAUUGUUGACAGAUGGAUAGACAGACAGGACAGGAGGAGACAGGAGUGAUUGCUGGCUACAUUAAUGGGUUUAUGCUGGUCAUCCAUCAUAAAUUUAGAACAAGUGAUGUUUUUAAGACUUAUUCACCCAUCAAAGUGAAUGAACCGACUGUAAAUACCACAUUCAUAUAUAUACACAAAGAGUAUUUGACAAACAUCAUUACCUUGUGUACUGGCUCUGUCACUAUGCUUUGUAAAUAUCUAUGUAUGUCAAGUUGUAUCCUCAUUAUUGUGUAAGUUGUGUAUAUCUCUUGUCAUCUUUGAGUGUCGUGUAUUCAUUUAUCAAACUCCGUGCAUUAAAUUAUAUAGGACAA